GCCUUUUCUCAAAGGAAGAGGCAUAGCAGAGGGACAGACAGAGAUCCCGAGAACAGGUGCUAAAGCUCUCCCAGCCUUGUAGGCGAGGUUAGGAUCCCACAUCUCAGCUAGUGCCUGCUACUGUUUCCGGCCGCUCCCUAGUGAGGCUGCGCGCUGGAUGCCGAAUGGCUAAAACGCCUGCUCUGCUCAUUCUAGCGACUGCGGGCGGACCGAUUCGAGCCCGGGGAAAAUCCUUUCCCUGUCUUUCUGUCACCGGAGUCCUGCAGCGUCAUGGUUUCCUGGAUCAUCUCUAGGCUAGUGGUGCUAAUAUUUGGCACUCUUUAUCCUGCCUAUUACUCUUACAAAGCUGUAAAAUCAAAGGAUAUUAAAGAAUAUGUGAAAUGGAUGAUGUACUGGAUCAUAUUUGCACUCUUCACGACAGCAGAGACAUUCACAGACAUUUUUCUUUGCUGGUUCCCAUUUUAUUAUGAACUCAAAAUAGCCUUUGUAGCUUGGCUGUUGUCUCCAUACACAAAGGGCUCCAGUCUUCUAUAUAGGAAAUUUGUACACCCAACUUUAUCUUCAAAAGAAAAGGAAAUAGAUGAUUGCUUAGUCCAAGCAAAAGAUCGCAGCUAUGAUGCCCUGGUGCAUUUUGGGAAACGGGGGCUAAAUGUUGCAGCCACAGCUGCUGUAAUGGCAGCUUCCAAGAGUCAAGGAGCGCUGUCAGAGAGGCUCCGGAGUUUUAGCAUGCAAGACCUUACCACAAUUAGAGGAGAGACCAGCAGCACUGCAAUUCCACUUUCUCAUGCCCCAUCAGUUUCUGCACGGGCAAGUAGCAAGCAGAGUCAGCCGAAAACUUCCAAAAUUGCAUCAGACAGUAUUGGACGUUCAGAAUAUACAUGUUGUUCAGUUUGUCAAAUUGUGCAAGUGGUUCAACUAGAUGGUGAGGCAAAGAAUGAAAAGCCACUUGAAGCAAACUCUAAACCAACUGACAUUGUGUUGUCAGAUGAUGAAGAGAAUGGUUCAUUGGAUAGCAAAUCCAAGCCUAAAAGUCCCCCCCCAAAGGACUCAAUCAUUGAGGCACCGCCUAGGCACCUUAGACCUCGUUUCAGGAAAAAAAGUACCUCAUCUUCUACCACUGAAACCACGAACGUGUGAUGAACCAUCCAGCACCAAGAUCCACAGAAUGCCUCUCUUCUGCCUUAAAAGAUCUACAUUAUUGUAUGUGGGGGGGGAGGGGAACAGUAGUGAGAGGGAUGUGUUUGUGAUAUUGUAGCAUUUUAGAAAUGAACUUUCUUGCUUUCUUUUUCUUAUGCUGCCACUUGUGUUGCAUUAUAGUUUUCACUGGCAGAAGCAAUGUUUCUUGCUCCCCCUUUGAUUUCUUUGCAGAUUAGUGGUUUUUUGGCCCUAGUUACAGUGAUUGGGUUCAGUAUUUUUAACCAUUAAGUUACAUGAUUUUUGAUCAGAUCAUUACAUGAUCUGUUAUUGAAGUUAGAAAAUGAAUAUUUGCUUCAAAAUCAUAUUUAUUUUGGGGCUUAAUAGUAAGUAUAAUGUGGACCGAUAGGGGCCACAGAUUUUUUCAGACUGUGAAUGAUGUAUUAAGAUUGUUUCAACUGUACAAGUAGUGAAAAUGUAAAAACAAAUCUAAAUAUGUUACUAUUUCUUCUGUGCGUUCAUUUAUGGGGUUAGUUAUUGUAUAUUCUGUUUUUAAAUCUAUAUAAAAAAUGGACCCACUGGAGUCUUAGAAAUGUAGAGAUGAGAAACAUAUUUAUAGGACUAUACCACUGAUGAAUCUUCGGUUUGAUGCCAUAACUUUCUUAAGUCUGAUGUCGUUACUAACUAUGAAAUCAGGUAGACAUUGCAUUUGUGCUAAUAGAGCUAGAAUUGUGCUAUUAAGAAAUUCACUGUAUAAAAAUUCAUUGGUACAGUAUGAUCUAACAUGUUGACCAUUUUAAUGGGCAAUUGUGUGACAUGUGUGAGGCAUGUUUACGGUUGAUGCAAGUCAUAAUUAGGUUUGGGUGCAAAUCAAUCUGCUGCCCAUAUGAUUUUAAUCCUGUCAUUCUCCCAGCUCAGACAUUAUCAUUUAAUUUAGAGAAGUUCACAGAUUUCAGCAGUAAUAUAGCUUCUGGUAUAGAUUACAACAGUCUGUAGUUAGAUGGUACAUUUGUAAUUAUAGAAAAGUUUGAAACAAGGAAAACAUACUAGGAUUGAUGUAUUUUAGCUUUGGAUUGAUGUCUCCUAUAUGUGUAAAGCAUGAAAUCUUGAAAAUUAUACUACGUAUAAACAUUUGUGUUUGCCUUUGUAGCUAUCUCAUUAAAAACAAAAGUACUGUAGAACAUAAACAUGUUGACAUUGAGGAUAAAUAGAUUGUGUACAACACCACUAAUCUAAUCUCCUUCAGGCGAGAUUUUGAAAUGACUGUAUUUCAGUAUCCAUGGUCAACCUUACUGGAUAGAUAGAUAGAUAGAUAGAUAGAUAGAUAGAUAGAUAGAUAGAUAGAUGAUAGGAUUUUUCCUAGCAUGCUUUGGUAUUAGGUUGGAACUUCCUAACCCUUUUAAAAUGCAAAAAAUAAAAAUAAAAAAUCCCAUUGUUGUAACAGCAACACAUCAAUAGCAGUAUACGAAAAAAUAAUAAAACAAUUGUCUCCAAUUUAAACCAAAUUUGGACUCGUUGCCAUGUCAAUCAGUAAAUCAAGAAUUUAAAUGGCAGCUAGAAAAUAUUGUCAUAGGACAGGUAUCUCAAAAAAUCUUUUGAUGUAUCAGUUUGCAUAUUUAUUAAGAUUCUAUAGGCAUAUUUUGUCUGUCUCGCUCAUAUAUAUAUAUACCUACUUCAUUAUUGUAUGAAACAAUAGCAGACAUAAGAGUUUUGCCAUUGUGUUAUAUGUAAUUGAAUUUUUUUAAAAAAAGUUGAUAAAUUUAUAUUCAUUUAUGCCAAAAAGAUAUGUUUCUUCUCAAAUUCUAUGACACUUUAUUUUAAUUAAAGCUAAUCAAUGUCUUUUUGAUCAGCUGUUUACUAAAAAUAUGACUGUUCUGGACUUGUUUUGUAAAUACUGAAGUGAAAUUGUUGAAAUUGCCUUAUCUCUUAUAUGAAUUCAUUGUAAAAUUAUUUGUAUCUAGCAAAUGUACUAAUUGCAGCUGAAUUAUAUGCCUCUAUAUAGCUCAGUGAGAAUCAUGAAUGGCUCCAUAAUAAUACAUUCUGGUGAGUUUUUAAUCUGCAAUAUUGUUGGAAACAAAUUGGUCCUGGAUGCUAUAAUAAAUUGUUAAGAUAUAUGUAGCAAAACCCAUUAGUUUUGGGGAUUUGAAAACUCAAGGCGCAUAAUUUCUACCAAAAUAUUGGGACUAUUAUAUUUCCACAUUUCUAUAUAAUGAUGUGUUUUACUGUACACAUUUAAUGAAUAGUUGUUUCAAUUUUCCAGUAUUUUUUGGAUCAAUAUCAGAAGUGAAAUGUGCAUCCAAGACAACACAAUUUCCACAUUACUGAGUCUGAAAUGCCUGAAUCGAACUGCAGAUGUGGGGGCAUCAAUGGAUUGUAUCAGGAAUAUCUGAUGUGUUCCAUCACCAGUGUUCCUGCUACAGCAGUUUUAGUAUUAUAAAAUGAACUGAGACUAUAGAGAAGAUUCCAAUAUAUAAAGGAAAAAGGUUCCUUUGCCCUAUGUCUAGGGACCUACGUGGCAUGGCCCUACUGCUUUUUAAAUAUUAGUGAAAGUGGAAUGCCUUUGCCUUCAUGCCAAAUUCUAUUUCCAGUUUUCAAUCUAGCCACCAUCCUAGAAUUGCACAGUAAUCCCCAUCCAAGUACUAACUAGGUUUUUUAGCUGCAUAAUAGCUAAGCUUGCUACCUCCUGCAACCCUUUGUAAAUGCAAACCUAGCACAGCAUUACAAUACCUCACAUUUACCAAAUAUCCAAUCCAGAUUCUUUUUCAUGAGGAAAUAAGCCCAUGGGUUAGGUCCAUAAUCUGUAAUUAGUUUAUUAUUUAUUUAUUUAUUUAUUUAUUUAUUCAUUCAUUCAUUCAUUCAUUCAUUCAUUCAUUCAUUCAUUCAUUCAUUCAUUCAUUCAUUCAUUUAUUUAUUUAUUUAUUUGAAUUUAUAUACCGCCCUUCUCCCGAAGGACUCAGGGCAGUGUACAGCCAGAAUAAGAACACACAAAUAGAAAAAUUAAUAACAAUUUAAAAUAUAUAUUAAAGAAAAUGGCCCGUAACUAAUUAAAAACCCAUUUUUAUACCUCAAGAGUUAAAAAUUAAAAUUAAAGAUUAAAGGUUGAAAAGAAUUGGAAUUAGGCCAGCCCGGCUUCUUGGAACAACAGAGUCUUGAGGGCAGGGCGGAAGGUGCGUAGAUCCGGGAUCCUCCGAAUCUCUGGGGGCAACUCGUUCCAGAGGGCAGGUGCCCCCACAGAGAAGGCUCUCCCCCGGGGGUCGCCAGUUGACAUUGCCUGACCGAUGGCACCCAGAGGAGACCCUCUCUGUGAGAGCGUACUGGCUGAUGGGAGGUUAUUGGUAGCAGAAGGCGGUCUCGUAGGUAUCCAGGUCCUAAGCCAUGGAGUGCUCUAAAGAUGUUAACCAACACCUUGAAUCGCACCCGGAAGACCACCGGAAGCCAGUGCAGCUCACCCAGGAUAGGUGUUACAUGGGAGCGCCACGUCACCUCCACAAUCACCCGCGCGGCCGCAUUCUGGACCAGUUGGAGCCUCUGGGUGCUCUUCAAGGGGAGCCCCAUGUAGAGAGUGUUACAGUAGUCCAGGCGGGAAGUGACGAGGGCGUGAGUGACUGUGCACAAGGAGUCCCGAUCCAGAAAGUGGCGCAACUGGCAGAUCAGGCGAAUCUGAUAAAAGGUCCCCCUGGCCACAGCCGUCAGAUGUUCUUCCAAGGACAGCUGUGCAUUCAGGACACCCAAGUUGCAGACCCUCUCCGUGGGGGCCAAAGACUCACCCCCAAUAGUCAGCGAUGGCGUCAGCUGGCUAUAUCGGGACACCGGAAGCCACAGCUACUCGGUCUUGGAGGGGUUGAGUCUUAGCCUGUUCAUCCCCAUCCAGAUCCGCACGGCCUCCAGGCACUGGGACAUCAUGUCAAGGGCAUCAUUGGGGUGGUCUGGGGUGGAGAUGUACAGCUGAGUGUCAUCAAUGUAUUGAUGGAACCUCACCCCAAAACCACGGAUUUAUGAUCAUAGACCAUAAAAAUAAGUACCUCAAUAUCAAUUAAAUAUGAUAUAUAUUUGGAUUUACCCUUUUUGAAGCAGUUGUUUAUUUCUGUCAUAGCCAUAUAUUGAAUCUGGCUAUGCUAGAUUCUUUGCGUCCUGAUUAAUAGGAGGUUGACAUAAUCAUCUUCAAUCUUAGCUAAAUAUUGUCCUAAUUGGGAAAUUAUACACACACACACACCCUUCGACCCACCUUUUGAAGGGAAUCUUUGUAACUUGAUGAUAUAUCAUCUUUCAUCUUUCAUCUAUAUAUGACUAUAUAUAUCAUCAAGUUACAAAAUCUCCCUUCAAAAGGCAGAUUGAAGGAUAUUUCAGAGACCAGUUUAAAACCUCUUUUGGCAUUUUAAUAACAAAAGAUAAUAUUAAACAAAUAGUAGGCAGGUGCAAUACUUUUUAGGGAUUGAUCGGUACGAAAUAAGGUGGAUCUGGAUGAAAUCAUUCUGGAAUUUUUUUUGGCAUGUUGCUUAAAUAAUUAAUUGGCCUUUUAAAAAUUAUUAAGAUCAAUGCAUUAGGGGAAAGUUCACGGUACCUUGGGGUACAAUUUAAAUGAUUUCCAUCAAGAAGACUAGUAUUUAUUUUUUUAAAAGAAUUGCCAAAUCUCUUGGGUUGAGAAUUAACUUAAGCCAAUAACUACAUGCUUGACCCAUUUCAUUCUUGGCCUAUGCCUGGAGUGCAUCAUGAAACUCAAACUGUAUCUCUUAGAAUAGCUGAAUAGCGCUAUAUUCUAGGCACAUAUUUGAAAGCUGUAAAUUAGCUGUAUUAUUGCUUUGAUCACAAACACUUUUAGUCAGCCUAGUAUAUGAUUACCUCUUUUCAUAAAGAAAAGCCUUAAGAUAGCUGCUGCACUCCUUUUUACCUUCUCUCUUAAAAAUUGAAUUCGGGCCUUGAAGUGCCUGUCAAUAACUGUUCUGAAAUAUUGAAAAGACUGAACCUGUUCUAUAACAUUCCCAUUAAUUUGCCAUGAAUAUUUAUAUUUAGCAGAUCUCUUUGAAUAGAUCAUUAAGUUUUGGUUUUUUGAUAAUAAUCAGACCAGUAUCUGUUGUUUAGGUCCUAAAGUUGGUAUAUUUGCCUUAGUCUUUGAACUUCACUCUUGAGACCCAGGAAGCAAUGUUCAGUAAGAGCAUGUUUUUUUGCCUUCCGAAAGCAUUAAUAUCACUGAUACACUGUCAUCUCCAAUUAGACGAUUCAGAUGCUCGAAAAGCUACCAAAGAACUUGAAUUGCUGCUACCAAUUAGAAAACUUAAAAGAGGGCAAAUGAAGAAAUAGUUUUUACUUGCUCAAAGGCAACUUCUUAUGCAAUUAGUGGUUAAGGCAUCAUGCUAGAAACCGAGAGACUGUGACUUCUAAUCCCAUUUAGAUAGGAAAGCCAGCUACGUGACUAGAUCAGUCACUCUUUUCUCAGCCUAAUCCACCUCGCAAGAAUGUUGUUAUGGGGAAAAUAGAAGGAAGGAGUAUUAGGUAGGUUAGCCACCUUGAGUUACUUAUAAAAAUAAUAAAGGUGGAAUAUAAUUAUAAAUGUUAAGCAGAAAAAUGCUCCAUAUUCAAGACAAAACCUGCAAGCAAAAAAUUAAACAGAAUAUAUGUGGAAAGAGGAAAUAAAAUUCUUAUUAAAUAAGAUAUUAUUUAGAAAAAGAAAAAUCCUUAAUACAAUAUUGGAUGGUCCCUAGCCAAGUGUACAUGGUCUACUACUUUCAAGCUGUGCUCUGCAAGAUAAAUGUAUUAAAUGUACAAAAGUGUACUUGUGCUAAAUGUUUCAUAAGUAUUUUUUUUUCUUUUUUGCAAUAACAUAUUUUAUAUCUGGCACACUAUCUGUAUUUGGAAAGUUACAUUAAUGUCUAACAUCUCAGAUUAAUCUGGAUAACUAAGGUGUUUUUCCCCUUUUGAGUUAUAGCAAAUUGCAUAGAGCACUAAAGAAUGCACUGUGUGAUCAGACACUCCAACAGUAUUCCAAAAGUCAAUGUUUUGUUAUGCUCGAUAAACACUGAAAAUAAAGUCUUAAACUUU